AGCAAUUCCCAGAUUCCAUGCAAGUCCCAAGGCACAAAACACAAAAGCCCUGAGCCCCUGAUUUUGAAAAGGACUAGCAAAAGCUGACAAGAAAUUAACCCCCACAGUGGUAAAAUCGUAGUUCUCUACUAAUUCCAAGCCUGUUUCUGUCAACUACUAUUACUAUACUCUCUCCCCAUUGUAUGUUGCCAAUUUUUUGCUGCACACUCCCCACCAUUUUCUUCUAAGCAGAAGUUAGCAGAGUCAGCACUGAGAAAAAAAAACACUGAAACACAAACAGCACUGCUUCAACUACUACUCAAACCAUAACCUUCACAGAAAGCCUUUCUUUUUUCCCAGGAACACACACACACACACAUACAGAUUGGUGACAUAACUUUAGUACAUACACGAGAGAUUCUUUUUCCCACUCUAGAUUCAAGAACUGUCCGAAAAGUUCUGAUCUUUACAUCUAUAUACACACAGUAUUUGUUUUUGGUUCAAUUCUUUUUGGGGGGUUUUCUGAAAAUGGAGAAAAUUGUUGUUGUUGUUAACUGUGAGCUUAAAGCUUGUGGUAUUGUGUAGUUCCCUGUAAAGGGCCUUCUCUAUCUCCUUUCCUCUCUUUCACUUUUCUCUCCACUCUUAGAAUGGGUUGCAGGAGUAUGAUAGUAGUGAAUUUGGAUCCACAAAGGAAGAGAAGUGGUGGAUUGAGAACUAAACAGGCAGGGCGUGGUUCUUGCAGGGGAAGUUAGACUCUUUACUGCAAAGAAAAAAAUGUCUUUUCUCUCUUGAGAAAUCCAUGUAGUAAUAUGUAAUAUAUUAUUUUGGUGCCUUCUGGGGUUAUACACACACACACACACACUGACACAGAACAAAACAGAAGUUGGUAUGGGGUAUUUGCUGAAAGAGGUGUUGAAAACUCUUUGUGGAGUAAACCAGUGGUCUUAUGCUGUUUUCUGGAAGAUCGGUUGCCAAAACACCAAGCUUUUAAUUUGGGAAGAAUCUUAUUGUGAAACUUCAACAUUCUCUGGUUUACAUGGAACUUGUGAAGUUGAGAAUCCAAAACUAGCUUUCCAAGACUGGAGUGCUUGCUGGGAUUCGGGUGAGGUUCAAAAUUCUCAGCUUCUGAAUCAAGCAGGUGAGAGCUUGCAUUUGCUCGUAAAAAGAAUGAUGAUGGACAAACAGUUCAAUCUAGUAGGAGAAGGACUAAUUGGCCGGGCUGCGGUCACUGGAAACCAUCAAUGGAUUCUUUCAAAAGGUCUAAGUAAAGAUGCUCAUCCACCAGAGGUUCUGAAGGAGCUUUCUCGGCAAUUUUCAUCUGGCAUCCAGACAAUUUCAGUUAUUCCUGUUCUUCCUCACGGCGUUGUUCAAUUUGGUUCGUACUUGCAUAUACUGGAGAAUAUGGGAUUUGUGGAGGAUGUGAGAACGCUAAUAAGUCAAUUAGGGUGUGUUCCUGGUGUUUUAUCUGAUGAAAAUGCAGCGAAAGAACCUGCCCCAAGUACAGCCAGACCAGUUUAUCCUGGGAGUUCUGUCUCAAUGGAAUCUUGUGGGAGAGCCAAAGUAAUGAACUCUUCUUCAAUAAUAGCUAGCUGCAACUAUAGUGCUAACUCAAUUCAGGCAGAGAGGUUCAUCGGUCAAACUUCUUUGGCUGGACAAAUUCAGGAAUGUAUGCAGUCUAGUGAUUCAACAUUUCAAGCCUCUAAUAUCACUGGACGUUUUGCCGAAUAUCAUGAUGACCACUUUCACAAGAAAAUUUCCCCAGAAGUGACAUCAUACAUGUCUACAAACAGCCAGCUAACAAAUAAUGUGAUCAAAGCUGAGGUAAUUCCACCAAACCCUGAUGUAUGGACGAAGCAACAGGCUUCUUUGCACAUUCCAAAGCCACGAUUUUGUCAGGAAUCUUCUGUUGGCUCAUUAACUCUAGAUAGUGGCAGCAUAAGAUUGACUGAACAACAGAUCUCUGGUGAAAAUAAUCUUGCGAAAAACAAUUUAACUCUGCCAAAUGGCUUUAGAGCAUCUCAGCCAAGAAUCGGUGAUGUUCUUACAUCCAACUUUCAUGAAAAUAUUGUUCUUCCAUCCACUGGAGUAACUGAAUUGUACAAAGAAGUGAACAAGUAUCAGAAAUCAAUGCCGAGUCCCAAUAUUUUCUUAGAUGCCAUCAGACCACCACACAAAAUCAUCUCUUGCACAGAGUCUACUGGAAAUGGGCGUCAGAUUGGUUCUUCUGAAUUGAAGGCAUCUUCUUCAUAUGAUGUUGUUAACGAUGUAAUCAACAACCAUUCUUUGGAUGGCCAAGGCACACAAUUUUUGUUGGACGGGAGCAAAAGAAUGGUAGAAAAUGAUUUGUUUCAAGCACUCGGCAUUAUGUCGACACAGGAUGAGCGACCAAGUUCAAGUGAGUACAUUCAAGAUGUAUACGGUGAAAAACAUGAACAUGGAGUGCAGAAUCCCUUAUUUGACAAUGCCAAAUAUGAAGAUGUGUGUGUCCAAAGUCAAUCAGGGGAUGACUUAUUUGAUGUUUUGGGUGCUGAUUUUAAAAACAGACUACUAAAUGGAAGCUGGAGUGAUGAGCAAAGCAAAGGACCAGACUCAAACACAAAGGAUUGUAUUAAUAAUUGCUCUACUUCUAAAAUAAGUCAGGAUGCUUCUUCUACAGUCAACCAAGGAAACUCAGAUAGUGGUAUGUUUUCCAUGACUGGUUUUGACCGUAUCUUAGAGACUAUGGUAUCCAAUCGUACUACUAAGCAGAGCCUGGAAGACAACCUUUCUUGUCGGACGACGUUGACUAAUUUGAGCAGCUCCUCUUCCCCUAAUGCUUCAUGUUUCUAUGGCCGAGUUGGAUUCUCCAGUCAAAUUCAGGGAGAGCUAUAUGGGCCUCCCAAGACACUUCCAAAAUCAGGAGCAACGAGUUCUGAUUCAUUCAAAUAUGAGUGCUCCAAAGAAAACACAGGAAUGCAUUCUCAAAGUUGUUCAAUUUAUGGAUCACAAACCAGUUCAUGGGUGGAAAGUGGCCAUGGCACAAAGCCGUCAAGCAGUGUUUCAACAGGCUAUUCUAAAAAGCCAGAUGAAAUGAGUAAAACAAGUCGCAAAAGGCUUAAACCAGGAGAGAAUCCUAGACCCAGGCCAAAAGAUCGGCAAAUGAUCCAAGAUCGUGUGAAGGAACUGCGAGAAAUUGUGCCUAAUGGGGCGAAGUGUAGCAUUGAUGCACUGUUGGAACGCACAAUUAAACACAUGCUUUUCUUGCAAAGUGUCACAAAACAUGCAGACAAACUAAAACAGACUGGAGAGUCAAAGAUUAUCAGUAAAGAAGGAGGAUUGCUUUUAAAGGAUAAUCUUGAAGGCGGAGCAACGUGGGCAUAUGAAGUCGGCUCACAAUCUAUGGUCUGCCCGAUUGUAGUUGAGGAUCUGAAUCAACCUCGUCAAAUGCUUGUGGAGAUGCUUUGUGAGGAACGGGGCUUGUUUUUGGAAAUAGCUGACAUUAUAAGAGGAUUGGGCUUGACUAUCUUGAAGGGGGUUAUGGAAACGAGGAACGACAAAAUAUGGGCACGAUUUGCUGUAGAGGCAUACAGAGAUGUAACAAGGAUGGACAUAUUCAUCUCACUCGUUCGCCUCUUGGAACAUACAGCAAAAGGUGAAGCAGCACCUGCCAAUGCUAAUGAUAACAACACAGCAGUGGUGAAUUCAUUCCACCAAGCAGCGUCAAUACCUGCAACUGGUAGUUUGCUGUGAUCAACAUUUUACUACUGUUUCACUUGCUAAUGUUAAGAGCAAGCGGCAAAUCAUGCUUGCCAUGACUAACAUUUACACCAAAUGAUCCUUCUGGUUCUAAUCGAUAUAUAUUCCCCAGAGGUGUAUCUGAAUCCCCUAAAAAGUUGCAUGUUUUUCUAAUCCAUCAAUGGUUGUAAACUUGUAAUAUGUAGCAAUCAGAUGCUGUAGAAUACUUCUUGUAGAGAAAGAAGAAAAUGAUAGAAUGAUAUGGAUCAUGUUAUUGGUUUAUUGUAUAGGAAAGUUUGAGAUGAUAGAAGGGAUGAGGGGAUUUUAUUA